UAUUUUAUAUGAAAUUGCCACGUUAACACCCCUCACAACGGCCCCCUACGGAGGGAGGUCGGCCGGAGAGGCUUUGUUACGGUUCAGAAACACCCUUUGAUUUGGGGGCACUGCGCCGCACAGGAGCCCCGGCGUGACUUCAUCAUGCUCCGGCCGAAACUCGCCUGGGUUCUCCAUCGUCGAUUUUUCAACCCCCUCCCUUCGCCUCUCCUUUCUCCCCGCUUCCUCUCUUCCUCUUCCGAACCCACUGAGGUGGUCACCGCACCGAAACCGACGCCGCCGCAGAUGGAGCCCUCCCCCGACGCCGAUUCCCUAGCCCAUCUUCUUAUCCGACACUACAACCCUUUUCACGCUAUGGAGUCCCCUCUCCAGCUCGCCGGGGUCGGCCUAUCCAACCCCCUCGUCCUCCAAACUCUCCUCCGCCUUCGCCACGCCUCCAAGGUCGCCCUCGGGUUCUUCAUCUGGGCCCGCGACCAUGCCCACUACCAGCAUGCUGCAGAUGCGUACGACCUCAUGGUCGAUAUCCUUGGAAGAGUCCGCCAGUUCGACGUUGCGUGGCAGCUAGUCAUUGAGAUGGACCAGCGCGGCGUAGGGCCGUCGCCGAGGACGUUUUCUGUCUUAAUCCGUCGGCACGUAGCUGCCGGACUGACGAGGCAGGCCAUCAGGGCCUUCGACGACAUGGAAGCGUUUGUGGGGAGGGAGCCCAAUGGAGACGAAUUCAAGAUGCUACUUGACACCCUCUGCAAGUACGGCUACCCUAAGAUUGCAACAGAGCUAUUCAAUAAAAGGAAAUAUAAGUAUGAGCCUGAUGAAAAGACAUAUACGAUACUGGUCUAUGGUUGGUGUAAAGUAAACCGACAUGACAUGGCGCAGCGAUUUUUAAAUGAAAUGGUUGAUCAAGGGUUAGAACCAAAUGUGGUCACAUAUAAUAUUCUGCUGAAUGGGAUGUGUAGGAGGGUUAGCUUACAUCCGGAUUACCGGUUUGAUAGAACGAUCCAAGCUGCUGAGGGCCUUUUAAAUCAGAUGCGUGACAGAGGCAUUGAACCAGAUGUCACCAGCUAUUCUAUUAUCCUUCAUGUUUACAGUCGAGCCCAUAAACCAGAAUUAUCACUUAGUGUGUUUCACUCGAUGAAAGAUAAAGGAAUUUCCCCAACUAUAGCAACAUACACGUCACUAAUCAAGUGUCUUGCUUCAUGUGGAAGACUAGAAGAUGCUGAGGAAUUGCUUAGUGAGAUGAUGCAUCAUGGAAUCUGCCCUACUCCAGCUACAUAUAAUUGUUUUUUCAAGGAGUAUCGAGGAAGGAAAGAUGCGGAUGGUGCUAUAAAACUGUAUAGGAAGAUGAAGGAAAUGAACCCAAUGGGUGGUCCAGAUAUUCAUACAUAUAAUAUAUUACUUGGAAUGUUUUCAAAAUUAGGUCGCAUGCAGAUUAUCCAAGAAAUAUGGAAUGAUAUGGGUGUUACUGGUAUUGGACCUGACUUGGAUUCCUAUACUUUAUUGAUUCAUGGUUUGUGUGAGAAGCAAAAAUGGAGGGAAGCUUGUCAUUUUUUCAUGGAAAUGAUAGAGAAAGGGUAUCUUCCACAGAAGAUCACAUUUGAGACUUUGUACCGUGGACUGAUACAGUCAGAUAUGUUGAGGACUUGGAGGAGAUUAAAGAAUAAGGUUGAAGAAGAAUAUCUAAAGUUUGGUGCUGAGUUUCAACAAUAUCACUUCAAACCUUAUAAGAGAUAACUCAGAUAGUGGAGCUACUAAUGAUUCCUUCAAAGACAAUGUAAUGUACUUCUGAUCACCACAAAUUGGCAGUUCUAGAUGAAUUUUCAUGCCAUUUGUUGCAGAGUGUUAUUACUUUGAUAAAAAAAAUCUAGUAUGUCUUGGAAGUGGGCAGUAUUUAUUGAAAGAUUCUUCGUCAUUAAACUUACUGAUCUGGAGCGUGAUUGGUUGGUAAUGGUUGAGUUCAAAGGCUUGCAUUUGAGUUAUUUGAUUCAAGUUGCAAAACAAUCUGAAGACCUGCAUGGUCAUUCUUCUAAUACA